AUGCGAUUGUUGACACACGCGGAGGAAAGCGGAUACAGAUCGUAUGUAGCUCCAGAUUCUUCUCUCGAGGACCCCGUUCCGUCUCCUACUACUUCUCUCCUCUCCGACUUUCCUAGUACUGUAGCGCAGGUUGGCGAUCGUACGGUUUCAUCCGGGGAGGCGGGUAAACAAGCUGCAGCUGAGGCCGCAAUUGUCGAUCUCCUCCGUGAGGCGUCCUCGUCACUUACCCAACCGGUAGCAAAACCGCAAAAAAUCAAGAGGAAGUCUCUCAAGGACCGUUUCAGACACCGUUUCUCUCCUAAACCCCAAAACAGUCCCGUAGACUCAUUAGAUAAACACAGUCCGAGUCCCUUGACGCGCUCAUACCACCCCUCCACAUCUUCACUACACUCCCACUCGCGAGCGCCCUCUGUUGUCGAUAAUGCGCCUGAGAUACUGCCACCUCAGUCGGAGAUUCCGCCUUACAUUCCUUACCGCGCGGCGUCGCCUGCAAGAUCCCCAACUCGGUCAUGGAGUCCAUCGAGAUCUUCAGCAGAUUGGCCACGACCUCCUGCUUCGACUGUAUCAUACGAGCCGGUGGAUAUCAAUGGAAGCCCAAGACCUGGAACACCUUCGUCGCGAUAUGGUAGUCCGAAGCGGCCACUGCCUCCGGCACCACUUUUCGCUGGCGGACGUCCUGUGUCGAGAGAUUCCAACCUGUCCUCGAACCUGACCUCUGCUCAAUCGGCAUCCAUACCUAUUGACGACGAUGAUGUCUUUUCAGAUCCUCCCAAUGAUCGCCCUGACCUGAACCACCGGGAUUCGUUCGCAUCUCAGUCUACAUUCACCGAGGAAUACACCGUUACAGAUGAAAAGACGGAUCACUAUGGACCCGUUCCGGAAGGAGCGCAAGCCAGACGUGGUGCCAGGCACGCUCAAAUGGCGAAGAAGGAAGUUCGCCUAAUCAACGGCGAGCUGAUUCUGGAGUGCAAGAUCCCGACCAUUCUCUACAGUUUUCUGCCACGGCGGGAUGAUGUCGAAUUUACGCAUAUGCGAUACACCGCUGUGACUUGCGACCCUGAUGAUUUCGUUACACGUGGAUAUAAGCUUCGACAAAACAUCGACUCUCGAGAAACGGAGCUGUUCAUCUGUAUCACUAUGUACAAUGAGAACGAGAUUGACUUCACGCGGACUAUGCACGGCGUCAUGCGCAACAUUUCCCAUUUCUGCUCGCGUACGAAAUCGCGAACCUGGGGCAAAGACGGAUGGCAGAAGAUCGUGGUCUGCAUCAUCUCUGAUGGUCGUCAGAAGGUUCACCCUCGAACGUUGGAUGCAUUAGCCGCCAUGGGAUGCUAUCAGGAUGGUAUCGCCAAAAACAACGUCAACCAGAAAGCGGUCACAGGCCAUGUUUACGAAUACACCACCCAAGUCUCGCUAGACUCUGAUCUAAAAUUUAAAGGAGCUGAGAAGGGUAUUGUACCGUGCCAGAUGAUAUUCUGCCUCAAGGAAAAGAAUGAGAAGAAGCUCAACUCACAUCGAUGGUUCUUCAACGCAUUUGGUCGCGCGCUGAAUCCGAACGUCUGCAUCUUGCUCGAUGUCGGCACGAAACCAGGCCCCAAGGCCCUCUACCAUCUAUGGAAAGCGUUUGAUAACGACUCCAACGUUGCCGGUGCCGCCGGUGAGAUCAAGGCUGGCAAAGGCAAAGGAUGGCUGGGCUUGUUGAACCCCCUCGUUGCUUCCCAGAACUUCGAAUAUAAAAUGUCGAACAUCCUCGACAAGCCGCUAGAGUCAGUGUUUGGCUACAUCACGGUGCUUCCUGGUGCACUGUCAGCAUAUCGAUACCACGCACUGCAGAAUGACCAUACUGGUCAUGGCCCACUCAGCCAGUAUUUCAAGGGUGAGACAUUGCAUGGCCAAGAUGCCGACGUCUUUACUGCAAACAUGUACCUGGCCGAGGAUCGGAUUCUCUGUUGGGAGUUGGUCGCGAAGAGAAGUGAGCGGUGGGUGUUGAAGUAUGUAAAGAGCGCUACGGGAGAGACGGAUGUGCCAGACACUGUUCCAGAAUUCAUAUCCCAGCGUCGUCGUUGGCUCAAUGGUGCUUUCUUUGCCGCCGUCUAUUCCCUCCUUCACUUCCGACAAGUCUGGAGUACGGACCACACUCUCUGGCGCAAGAUCCUCCUCCACAUCGAAUUCGUCUACCAAUUUGUCUCCCUUCUGUUCACCUACUUCUCUCUCGCCAACUUCUACCUCACCUUCUACUUCAUCGCGGGCUCGCUGGCAGAUCCUAAACUCGAUCCCUUCGGUCAUUCCAUCGGCAAAUACAUCUUCGCAAUCCUUCGCUACACGACCGUCCUCCUCAUCUGCAUGCAGUUCAUCCUCUCCAUGGGUAACCGGCCGCAGGGCGCGAAGAAGAUGUUCCUUUCCUCUAUGAUCGUUUACAGCUGCAUCAUGGCAUAUACAACCUUUGCAUCUAUCUACAUUGUGGUCAUCCAGCUCAAGGACCCCAAAUCUGUCAAAACCCUCGGCAAUAACGUCUUUACCAACCUGAUCAUCUCAACCGCUACCACGAUCGGAUUGUACUUCCUCAUGAGCUUCUUGUAUCUGGAUCCUUGGCACAUGUUUACUUCAUCUGGGCAAUACUUCGCCCUUCUCCCGAGUUAUAUCUGCACGCUCCAGGUCUACGCCUUUUGUAAUGCUCACGACGUCACCUGGGGCACGAAGGGUGACAACAUCCAGAUGACCGACUUAGGAUCUGCGCGCGGUAAGUCUGGUGGCAACAUUGUCGAGCUCGAGAUGCCCUCAGAGCAACUCGACAUCGACUCCGGCUAUGACGAAGCGCUUCGAAAUCUCCGUGACCGUAUCGAAGUCCCCGUCCCUGGCAUCUCCGAGUCUCAGGCGCAAGAGGAUUACUACCGUGCCGUCCGGACCUACAUGGUCGUUAUCUGGAUGGUAGCCAACGCGAUCCUUGCUAUGAGUGUGUCAGAAGCGUAUUCUGGCACCACGGUCAAGAACAAUUUCUACCUCAAGUUCAUCCUGUGGUCUGUCGCUGGCCUCGCGUUCUUCCGAGCGAUUGGAUCGAGUGCAUUCGGCAUCAUCAACAUCAUUCACAGCGUUGCCGAGGGACGUCUCAAAUGGGGUGAUAGGAUGAAGGGCAAGACUGGUCUUGGCGGUGGACGGAGGAAGUGGGGUAGCUCAGGAAGCUCCUGGUGGAGUGGGAGCUGGUUGGGGAGCAAGUUGAGCAGCCUCGCGCCGAGUAGUAUUGGGAGCUCGCUCGGGAAGAAGUAAGAGCCGUGUUGUUGAACGGGAGAGGGAAGUUUAAUGCGGAGGGAGGCGUUCUGGAAUAUGGAAAUGAGUGACGAAGACGGUGUUGUAUGAUAUCCCAGGUAAGAGGCUACCGCUCUUGGGGUUUGUUGUCUGCUAGGCUUUGGGUAUUGGCGCUAAAGUGCGGCGCACGGUAUUAGUAUUGGUACUUUUCUGCCCAUCUCAGAGGCGGGAAAUUUUAGAUAUGCAAAUGGUUUUGUUCAAGUCACUUCGUUCAUCGUCACAUCGCGCUUGGUCUUCCAAUGUCUGAUUGCACUCCAUUUAUUCUCUAUGAAUAUCUCUUGCUCGAGGGUAUCUCGAACACUUCUCAAACUCAUCAAUGUCCCAAAAGUCAAUGGAUAAUCUGAGUAGGGCUAUGCUAAACUUGUGCU